AAAAGCACUAGGGAUAAAAUUACAUGUUGUUCUGUGAUUAACGGCACUGUUACUAAUUAAAUUUGCGUUGUUCACAGUCUCUGUCAAAGUCAUUGCCGCUGGGUAAUUUUAAGAAAGUAAAGUCUACUUGUUUUCAAAUGUUGGCGUACUGAAGAACAGUUGUAUUUGUUAUUGGCGUGAAAAGUGGUGUUCUGGACUGUCUGCACUCUGCAGUGUUUAGCUAAGUGAGGUUAGAGUGGGGAGUUUGUAUUGGUAUCUCGUUUGAAGUGUUUAGUAUCAGCAAUGAAGACUUUGUUUUUUUAUUCCGUACACCUUUUGAUGUUUUGUGCGUGUACUUGUAUUUUUGGCAUACCCCAACCCCAUCAGCAUCCUGAUGGUUUAAAUAAUGUUGAGAACAUAUUUAAAAAAUGCCAGAAAGUGUAUGAUGACAUAACAAAAAACAGUUUUUUGGAGCAAGACACCCUAUUGUGUUUCGGUCUGAAAAUGUUUUCUCAGCAGUUCCCUGGCGGGGUACCGGAAAGUGAAGUCUUUGAAGAAGUCCAAAAGCAAUCCGAUACAAAUGUUUGCGAACAUUUUCAAGAAAUGAUGCUGAAUUCCCCGCCGGGAAAUAUGAAUAAUAGUGUAGUAAUAUACAAUCAGCAAUUUCGCGAUAAGAACACGUGUGAACGAGCUUGUCUGGAUUUUAUGGAGCAUGUUAAUCCUAUCUGCAGUAUUUUAUUAGCGUUAAGUCGUCAUUCCAAAGAAAAUCGUAUUGGAAGUGGUGCUCAAACGCCUUCAACUACACUACCUGGUCAAAAAGCAGAUAACGAUGAUGGUGGAGUCUCUGAGCAGUCAAGAAAUUUUAUGGGACAAGUUUCCAAUAGAAUUCCUGAUGAACAGAAACCGAAAGCCAGUGGUAAAGGUGUUGUAACUGAUGAAGAAAAGGCACAGGCAUCUAAAGAACAAAAAUCACAUGGAGAUGAUAAAUCUCCAGUACAAAUGACACAAAUUAACCACCAGGAACAAACGUCUCAGAGAACAAAAUUGACGUCAGCAGUUGAUGGACUGACACAACAGGUAAAUAUAACAGGACCGAGCUCAGUUAAAGAGAAGCCAAAGGUGACUAGUGGACAAAGGAUGCCAGUUGCAGUUGGAGGGAAGGAUGAACCUUCUUCAAGUGGAACACAGGAGAGGAAUGAUUUUACCACUACAAACUUUAAUACUGUCAGUAACACAAUGAAGAAAACUGAAAUCCCAAAGAAGGAAUCAAAUGAAUCUAGAGAAUUUGUAACUGAAAAUGAAAACCAGGGAAAAUCGGACACACUAUCUGGGGAAAAGAAACCACAGCAUUCUUCAGUUGCAUUGCCCGACAGUUCUGGUGAUAAUAAAAAUGACCAGGUUACUGCAACAGGGCCUAACUUGCAAGGAAAGAUCAGUACCAUUGGAGAUAGAUUAACAUCCAAUAAAGUAGAUACAGGCUAUCAGAAAGGGGCAAGUAUUUCCCAGGUGCCAAAUGCCGAGGAAGACAAAGGUGUUGUUAAUGGCCAAAAGUCACAAGCUGAGCAUAAAGAAACAGAAAGUCCCCCACAGGAGGAAGCAGACAUACAAAUUAGUAGCAUAACUGAAGUAAUGCCAAAGAGCAAUAUUGAUGAGCAAACAACAAGUCAGAAUAAUGGAAAAGCAUAUACAAAUGAAAAUUCUCAAACUGCACAACAGUCGGGCAGAGAUGGUACACAGAAGGCAGUCAGUGAGGAAAUGCAGUUCACAGAGAAUACAGGAGCUGGUGUACAAGAACAAGACAUGCACAAUCCAGAAGAUGGUGAGUCAAAUGACAACACAGGGUACCCUAGUGGUGGAGGAACAGGUUUAGAUUAUGGCACACCUGAUUCUGAUGCCUUUGAUGUAGAUAAAAAUAAUAUGGGUGCUGGAACAGCAGUGAUUCGUGGGAAAUAUGAUGAUGAUUCCCAUUUCUUUGCUUACUUCAUGACAACAAUGGUAUUCUGCAUUGUAGGGUACUUAUUGUUCCACAAUAAACAGAAGAUAUUGGCUCUUGCACUGGAAGGACGUUCCAGGCGUGGCAGGAGACGACCUAAUACGUCAGGAUAUCGAAAACUGGACAGCAACUUGGAAGAAGCUAUCUCAUCGUCAAAGAGUGCCUCAGUGACGCAAGUUAUAUAUUGAAUGUUCCUGCCCAUUUUAUUUGUAAUUAUGUUGCUGUGAAAGAACAGGCAAGCAACCGAAGAUGACAGUGCAGUUCUGUGAUCUUAUGAAUAAGAGGAACUUCUAGAAUCCUAAAAGGAAAUAUUACAGUGAUCCUUAAAGGCAUUGUUGGACUUGAGCUCUGUGUGUGUGUGUGUGUGUGUGUGUGUGUGUGUGUGUGUGUGUGUGUGUGUGUGUGUGUGUGUGUGUGUGUGUGAAAACUGUUUUCUACAUGAAAGUUUUUUAACUGACCCAGUAAUAAAGGUGGUGGAGUGCGGCAAGGGAUAUUUUGACAGCUACUGAAACAUGGAAUUUUGUUGCAAAUUGUGUAUGUCACCCUCUCAAGGCUAAACAAAUAAAUUUGAAUAAUUGAAUGUUUGUUAAAUUGUGUUGUCAGUGUGUGUGUGUGUGUGUGUGUGUGUGUGUGUGUGUGUGUAUUUUCUGUAGAGACAAGAAGAGCAUUUGACACUAAGUAAAGAUAUAUCUCAAGUAUUUUCACUAAAUUUGUUAUUUUUACUCUUAUUGCCACAGUCUACUUUAAUAGCAUGAAACUUUGUUUUUUAAGUAGAGUCAGUGUAAUGGCAGUUGCAACAAAGACUCAAGUUGGUUUUGUAUAGUAAAUACUGAACACAGAUCUGUAAAAACUAUAGAGUGGAUCAUUGUGAAACAUAGUUUUUUUGUUUAAAAAUAUGGGUUAUUCCUAUUUAAAUUUCCUGAACAGACAAAUAACUAUAUUUUGCACCAGUCAUAAAAAUGUUCAUUGUAACUUCUUGCUUUAUGUAUCAGUUGAAGAAAUACAAAAACUUUGGAAAACUGUCCACUGUGGCUGAUUACAUGCAUUACAGUGAUCUGCAGUAGUUUUUAUUAGUACAGAUUAAAAAAUCAAAAUACACACAACAAGAAAAAGAAAUAUGGAUUCUGGUUCUUUUCUAUGCAUUUAUUUUGUUCUUGAAGUAAUAACAAGCUCUGUUACUUUCUUUCUUCA